GUUUUACUGCUGUGAACAAGCAACUCAACGGACAAGAUGAAACUCUUCCUGGUCGCCUUCGCCGUGAUCGCAGCCGUGGCUGCCGAUGUCAGCCACCUGCCCUCCAACGAGUACCUGCCUCCCGUCGUCCAGGAGCAGCAGAUCAUCGCUGGCCCCAGCAACGAGUACCUGCCCCCCGUGGAGGCCGAGGCUGCCCCCGCCCACGAGCUGGCUGAUGAUGGCUACCGCUACAAGACCCACCGUCGCGUUGUGCUCCGCCGUCACCGUCGUGACGUCAACGAGCUGUCCAACGAGUACCUGCCCCCCACCCAGGAGGUCGCUGCUCCUUCCAAUGAGUACCUCGCUCCCGUUGAGGCUGCUCCCGAGACUGUCCUGGCCGAUGAUGGCUACCGCUACAAGACCCACAAGCGCGUGGUGAUCCGCCGCCACCGUCGUGACGUCAACGAGCUGUCCAACGAGUACCUGCCCCCUGUCCAGGCUGCUGCUCCUUCCAACGAGUACCUGCCCCCUGUGGAGGUUGAGGCUGCCCCCGCUCACGAGCUGGCUGAUGAUGGCUACCGUUACAAGACCCACAAGCGCGUGGUUGUCCGCCGUCACCGUCGUGAUGUGAGCCACCUGCCCUCCAACGAGUACCUGCCCCCUGUCCAGGCCGCCGCUCCCUCCAACGAGUACCUGCCCCCAGUUGCCGCUCCCGUCCAGGUUGCUGCCCCAGCUCCCGCCCCCGUCCAGGUUGCCGCUCCCGUCGAGGUUGAGGCCGAGCCCGCUCAUGAGCUCGCCGAUGAUGGCUACCGCUACAAGACCCACAAGCGCGUGGUGAUCCGCCGCCAUCGCCGUGACGUCAACGAGCUGUCCAACGAGUACCUGCCCCCCACCCAGGAGGUUGCUGCUCCUUCCAACGAGUACCUCGCUCCCGUUGAGGCUGCUCCCGAGACCGUCCUGGCCGAUGAUGGCUACCGCUACAAGACCCACAAGCGCGUGGUGAUCCGCCGCCAUCGCCGUGACGUCAACGAGCUGUCCAACGAGUACCUGCCCCCCACCCAGGAGGUUGCUGCUCCUUCCAACGAGUACCUCGCUCCCGUUGAGGCUGCUCCCGAGACUGUCCUGGCCGAUGAUGGCUACCGUUACAAGACCCACAAGCGCGUGGUGAUCCGCCGCCACCGCCGUGACGUCAACGAGUUGUCCAACGAGUACCUGCCCCCCACCCAGGAGGUUGCUGCUCCUUCCAACGAGUACCUCGCUCCCGUUGAGGCUGCUCCCGAGACUGUCCUGGCCGAUGAUGGCUACCGCUACAAGACCCACAAGCGCGUGGUGAUCCGUCGCCACCGCCGUGACGUCAACGAGCUGUCCAACGAGUACCUGCCCCCUGUCCAGGAGGUCGCUGCUCCUUCCAACGAGUACCUCGCUCCCGUUGAGGCUGCUCCCGAGACUGUCCUGGCCGAUGAUGGCUACCGCUACAAGACCCACAAGCGCGUGGUGAUCCGCCGCCACCGUCGUGACGUCAACGAGCUGUCCAACGAGUACCUGCCCCCCGUGGAGAACACCGUUGAGGCUGCCCCCGAGACCGUGCUGGCCGAUGAUGGCUACCGCUACAAGACCCAGAAGCGCGUUGUGAUCCGCCGCCACUAAAUUAAGCGAAGUCGGCUUCACUCGGUGAUCGAUUUGUGCUCAUUUUGGAGUGCAGACAAUACUAUUAGAAUACCU